AUGAUGCAUCGAUUGAUAUGGAUUCCGUUAAAAGAGCACGAAGCUUUUUCAACAGAAACUUCGAAUUGGAGUGCUUUUAUAUUGCAGUUCUCAAGAGAUUUCAUGAACUUCGGCAAACGAUCACACAAUUCCUUUGAUGAUGAAGACAUACGAGAGAAAAAGGGGCCAGCUAUACAAUUAUUUCGCACUGGCUUUAGUGGAAGGCCUUUCAAUUCAUUAUCAAACAGAAAAUUAACUUCUUUUUGGGCAUUGGCACCUUGGCAUUAUGAUAAAAAGUUAGCAUUUGAAAGAAAUUUUAUGAAUUUCGGAAAGCGAAACGAUGAUGCUUUUCGACGCGACUUCAUGAGUUUUGGGAAGUAA